UUGGCAUCUAUUUCUCUAUUCCAUUUUUAUUCUUUCCUUUUAUGUUAAUAUUGUACCUCUAGCUUCUUAAAAGCAUUUCCUUUAUUUUGAUUUUAUUUUUUUAAAUAAAUAUUUAGCUUUAGCUUCCACUCUCCAAGAACACAAGACUCAUCUCCCUUCUCCCUAUUUAUUCAUCCACUCCACACCUUGCCACUUUGCUAUCUAUCACUCUUGUUGUUCUUCAAACCCUUUCUUCUUGCUCAAUUCCUUCCAUCCAUGGCAGCCAUCUCAUUUCCGGAUCUCUCACUCCACAUCAAUCCCCCCUCGAUGGGUGUUUUCGUUCAACACGACACAAGUUUUCCCCGUCACAAUGAAAGCGACGCAACCACAAACCAAGUUGAAGUUGGGAGUGAGCCCAUGCUUAGCCUAGGGCACCUUGAUCAUCCAUCACAAAUCUACAGAGUUAAGCGCAAUUUGAGGUCCGGGCACGGCGGGAGGAGUGUCAGGGCUCCGAGAAUGCGGUGGACCACCACCCUCCAUGCUCAUUUUGUUCAAGCGGUGGAGCUCCUCGGUGGCCAUGAGAGAGCUACACCAAAGUCAGUUUUGGAGCUGAUGAAUGUGAAAGAUCUUACACUGGCUCAUGUAAAGAGCCAUCUGCAGAUGUAUAGAACAGUCAAGAGCACUGAUCACAGAGGAGACACUGCAGUUGCAGGACAAGAUCAGAAGGGGUGGAACCAGAAGAGUGCAGAUCAUGAGGAAGGGCCAAAUGAACAUAAAGUAGCUGGGAAUGACAUGAGCAUGAUGAAUAAUUACUAUAGGGUCACUAACCCUAAUUCUUGUGAUCAUUCCUCAAGUUUCACCACACCAACACAGUUACUACUGCUGCCCAGCUCUCCAAGGAAGAUGCUAAGAUCUACAAUUGGCUAUACCUGCAAAUCAUUAAUCAGGCAACAUCUCUUGUCACCAGCUUACUUCAAAACCAAAAGUUUGUGUGGCAAUCGAAGAGAUCAGGUUUUGGUGGAAAAUCUACUGAAACAGUCUCAAGAAAUUCCAAAGCUGGAAAUGAUCUCCAAUAGCAUGCCAAACCUAGACAUGACUUUGGGCCGCUAGAAAACUGUAAGGCGAGCAAUUCAUCACUAAUCCUUCUAAAGUUGGGAGAGACUUGUGUGUGUGUGUGUUGUGUGCAUUUUGGUUGGGCUGUAUGAUGCUAAGAGUCAAAACAUAUUUGAUGAGUUGGACCCUUGGCAUGCAUAUGUUGUACAUGUAAACUAGUCUUGAUGGGAUUAAUCUAGUGUUGUUUGUGUAA